UGUUCGCAGUCAGAACCCAAAAGUGUCAAGGAAAUCAGUUGAACAUGAACAUGUUUUCACUAUUGAUGCUGUUUGUUGCAGUGUUGUGCCAUGGAAGACGAUUAUUCAGCAAAGCAGAGACUAAAGUGCUGGAAGCAACAGAAGGACAACAUUUUACAGCCCAAUGUUUAAUGUUUUUCAAUGGAAACAAAAAAAUCUUCUGUCAAAAUGACUGUAAAAGGAAAGAAGACAUUUUGGUUGAGACUGCAAACAACCGACAGCAGAAUGGAAGAUACGGCAUUGAAGUUAUUAAAGAAUCUCACACGCAAUUACUAAAAUUAAAUGUGAGAAUCACAAACGUGAGAAGAUCUGAUGCUGGGUCAUACACAUGUGGUCUGGAACCUGGACUUAUUUCAGCAUUUAUAUUAAAAGUCAUCAGUGUGGAAACCCCAACACCAGGUGUGACCCUCGGAGCUGCUCCCACCACAUCCCUCCAUAAUGUGACACCAGCACAGACGACACAAAGGACACAAGAAGCAUCUGAAGUGACGAGCUCACAGCACAACUCAUCCACACUGUCUGUUGUGCGGCAGUAUGCUGCUGUGAGUGUAAAGGCCAUUGUGAUUAUUGUAUCAGGGAGUAUUUUGAUUUGGUGCUGGAAAAAGAAAACCAAUAGACCAACAGAAGAUCCAACUGCUGCUGAUGACUGUGAAAUUCCAGAGAUGAGCAGAGUGUAUGAGGAGAUCCCAGCUCAGAUCACACCAGGUCCUGUGGAAAACUGUACUUCUUUUUCUUCCUCCCACCAGAAAACCACACAGACGGUCUACAACUUGGCCUCCAGUGCACAAGCACAGAUCAACCAACUGUCUGAGGAGAUCCCUGGUUCUGUGGAAGUCACUCCUGCUCCUUCCUGCUAUAAGGAAAACGACAUCUACAACCUGGUGUCAUUGCCCGUUCAGCCACAGGCAAAGUAACAUUCAAGAAAUGACAAAAAGACUGACAAAAACAAG